GUCUCGUCUCGCGGGCACUGCCGCGUACGACAAUACUCGACGAUGAGCUAUCAGCCGGGCGGCGCAUUCCGCCGCAAACUCGUCAUCGUCGGCGACGGCGCGUGCGGCAAGACGUCGCUCCUGAGCGUCUUUGCCAUGGGCGAGUUUCCGAGGGAGUACACGCCCACCAUCUUUGAGAACUAUGUCGCCGAGAUUCGCCUCGACGGAAAGGCCGUCCAGCUCGCCCUUUGGGACACGGCCGGCCAGGAGGAAUACGAGCGUCUACGCCCCCUGUCGUACUCCAAGUCGCACGUCAUCCUCAUCGCGUUCGCCCUCGACACGCCCGACUCGCUUGAGAACGUCACGGUCAAGUGGAUCGAAGAGGUGCGCGAGCUGUGCGGGCCCAGCAUCCCGGUCCUGCUCAUUGGCCUCAAGAUGGACCUGCGAGACGAGGCCAUGCAGCAGGGCGGCGGCGAGCGCGGCAGGUUCGUCACGACCGAGCAGGGUCGGCAAAUGGCGGCGCAGAUUGGUGCCCGCUCGUACCACGAGUGCUCGGCGCUCCUCAACUCGGGCGUCGACGAGACGUUCGAGGCGGCGACUCGCGCCGCCAUGCUCGUGCGCGGCGCCGGCGCCGGCGCGAGCCACGGACAUGGCCACAGCGACGACGACGGCGGCAAGGAGCGCGAGAGGCGGAGAAGGGACAAGGACGAGGGCGGCGGGGGCCCGUGCGGCUGUGUCAUUCUCUGAGCAGGGGCGAGGACGACCGAGGAUAGAUCGAGGGCGACGCUUUCUUCUCUUGCGGCUCUCUGUACACUGCUGUCUUUUCUCCUCUUCUUUUACGCAUCUUUGCAACACGUCUAGUCUUUCACG